AUGGACGGGGACGAUGAGCUUAUGGCCACGGUCUACCGCAAGAUCGAGCGGGAAAAGGCCCUUAUCAAUGCUGCAACCAAUAUGCGGCAGUCGACAGAUAAUCCCGCCGUGCAGCAACGAGUCGAUGCAAACAUCCGCGACAGCCGUAAGAAUAUCGUCUAUCUAGAGGAGAAGAUGCGGGAACUUCAGCUUCGCAAAAUGGGUCGUGAUGAUGGCCAGUCACCUUCCGAACAGCCUGGUUCUCCAACGAGCCCCCGAGGCGGUCCCCGUGGGUACAUCGGUGGACCCCCACUUCCACCAAAGGAUGAUACUGGUCGCUAUAUUCCAAAUGAUAGAGUUGACUAUGGGAGCGUUGGUCCGGGCGGGUAUAACUUGGGCGGAACUGGAGCCAUGUCUUCCCGUGUGCCAUAUGGUGACCCCAGACCUGAUGAUACUGUGCCAAAAGCACGACCAAAUUUUAGCAAAUUAGGCAAUUAUAUUUUCUGGGAUACAGAUUUGAUUAAAUACGAUACCCCAUAUCUUGGCCCCAAGAUCCAACUUAUGUUAUCGCAAUUAGAGUUCAAGCUAAGUGUUGAGAAACAGUACAAAGAUGGAAUUGAGAAGAUGGUACGAUUAUACCAAGACGAGGGAGAUCGAAAGAGCAGGGCGGACGCAGAGGGACGACGGAUUGAGAGCAUUCAGAAAAUCAGGCUUCUGAAGCAGGCCCUGAAACGAUACGAGGAUCUCCACAUUGAUAUUGCGUCCUCUACUGAUCAUCCUGACGAUGAGAGUUUGAAUUCACCAAAUAUUAGAAAACCGCUCACUGGUCAUUUAACAAUGCGCAUCCACGCGGUGAAAGAUGUCGAUCAUGCUGCAAGCUCUCGAUUUUCACGCGGCCCCGAAACAUUCGUUAUUAUGAAAGUGGAAGAUGCCAUAAAGGCAAAAACUAGAGCAACCCGCACUGAUAGAUGGACGGAAGAGACUUUUAGCGUGGAUAUUGACAAGGCGAACGAGAUAGAGCUAACUGUUUAUGACAAAUCUGGAGAUCGACCAACUCCGAUUGGAAUGCUUUGGAUUCGGAUAUCUGACAUCUCGGAAGAGAUGCGCCGGAAAAAGAUCGAGUCAGAAUUUAAUGCUUCUGGUUGGGUUUCCGCUGAUAAAAUGGAACAUGGUGGUAGCGGCGCUAUCAGACCAGAUGGUCACUUCCAUAGCACAAAUUCACAGACGUUUUCUGUUGGACCAAAAGGAGGAGAACCCAAUACUCAGAUGAAUCCCAAUGCAACAGUUAUGAUUGACUCGUGGUUUGCACUGGAGCCUGUCGGUAGAAUACACCUUACAAUGAGCUUUGCAAAGCAAUUGAAAGAUCGACGGCCAUUUGAUAUCGGUCUCAAUCGGCAAGGUGCUGUUCGUCAGAAGAAGGAAGAGGUACACGAGAAGCAGGGACAUAAGUUCAUCACACAGCAGUUCUACAACAUUAUGCGCUGUGCUCUCUGUGGAGAUUUCUUGAAGUAUGCCGCCGGUAUGCAGUGUUCAGACUGCAAGUACACAUGUCACAAGAAAUGUUACCCGAAAGUCGUCACCAAAUGUAUCAGUAAAGCGAAUUACGAAACGGAUCCAGAUGAAGAAAAAAUCAACCACCGUAUUCCCCACCGCUUCGAGGGUUAUUCGAAUAUCUCUGCCAGCUGGUGUUGCCACUGUGGCUAUCUGUUACCAUUUGGCCGCAAGAAUGCCAAAAAGUGCUCAGAAUGUAAUCUUACAUGCCACGCACAGUGUGCGCAUCUUGUACCUGACUUCUGCGGCAUGUCAAUGGAAGUUGCGAACCAAAUUUUGGAGACCCUCAUUAGGACCAAGAAUCAUAAUAAAUCCGCCUCAGCAGGAGGGACCGGAAUGAGUUCCCGCUCGUUACGUCCUGGUAGUCGCCCGCAACAAGGAAGUGAAGGUGGCCAGAAGCCACAGGAUACUGCAUAUGGACAACCACCAAAACCGGUUUCUGCGGAUGCGGUCAGCGCAGCCCAUAGCUCAUAUUCUCCUCAGACCCCUGUUGGACAGCCCAGACAGGGUCAACCUCACACCUCUACUUCGAACGCGGCAGCAGCAGCAGCCGCUGCUGUAGCAGGAAUGCGUCCAUCUUCACAACAGGGCUCAUCACCUUACGACAGAGCGCCGGAUUAUACCAGUGGAAGAUUAGGGGAGCGUCAUGGAAUGGAUCCUCGUAACGAUGUUGAUGCUGGCCGACAAACCCACCAGCAGCCGCUGCAACAUGCCCAUUACGACCCUAGCGCCUAUGCAAGUGUAAGCACGUACGGCCAGCAGCCACAACUACCGCCGUUACAGAUUUCACAACAAUCUACUCCCUAUGGCCUAGCUCAACACACACCAAUAUCUAACCAGAACUCUAUGGCAGGGCUUCCAAUGAAGGAAUCCCACUCAGGACCAGUUGUUACUCAGCAGACACAACCUCAGCAACCGAAGCCGAAGGUUGGCCUGGAUCACUUCAACUUCCUUGCUGUUCUUGGAAAGGGAAACUUUGGCAAGGUUAUGCUUGCUGAGACGAAGGCUUCCAAGAAGUUGUAUGCCAUCAAGGUUUUGAAGAAGGAAUUUAUCAUUGAACAUGAUGAAGUGGAGAGCACUAAGUCAGAAAAACGGGUGUUUUUGAUUGCUAACAAAGAACGACAUCCUUUCUUGCUCAAUCUCCAUGCCUGCUUCCAGACAGAGACCCGUGUGUACUUCGUUAUGGAGUAUAUUUCUGGUGGUGAUCUCAUGCUUCAUAUCCAACGUGGCCAAUUUGGCUUGAAGCGGGCACAGUUCUAUGCCGCUGAAGUCUGCUUGGCUCUGAAAUAUUUCCAUGAGAACGGUGUGAUCUAUCGUGAUCUGAAACUAGAUAAUAUUCUCCUGGCGCUUGAUGGUCACAUCAAGAUUGCAGAUUACGGCUUGUGUAAAGAGGAAAUGUGGUACGGUUGUACUACUAGUACAUUCUGUGGUACCCCUGAAUUUAUGGCUCCAGAAAUCCUUUUGGAUAAAAAAUAUGGCCGCGCAGUUGACUGGUGGGCAUUUGGGGUUCUCAUAUACCAGAUGCUUCUCCAACAAUCCCCGUUCCGUGGUGAAGACGAGGACGAAAUCUACGAUGCUAUUUUGGCAGAUGAGCCACUAUAUCCCAUUCACAUGCCGCGCGACUCAGUGUCAAUUUUGCAAAAGCUAUUGACUCGGGAACCGGAGAUGAGACUUGGAUCAGGCCCAACCGACGCUCAGGAGAUCAUGUCUCAUGCUUUCUUCCGGAAUGUCAACUGGGAUGAUAUAUACCAUAAGCGCGUACCGCCGCCAUUCUGCCCGACCAUCUCUAGUCCUACGGACACGAAUAACUUCGACCAAGAAUUUACGAGCGUAACACCGGUGUUAACACCUGUGCAAUCCGUCCUCUCACAAGCUAUGCAGGAGGAAUUCCGCGGUUUUUCAUAUUUCGCUGAUUUCGUAUAA